AUAGUUAAUCGAUUGGCAUGAGCAUCUCUAUGAUUCCGAUAUCAGGGGUCAAGGUCGGACAAGUCAAACUUUGACAGCAAGAUAAGAAGUUGUACCUGCGAUAAAAUCCGCGUUAUUUGCUGUUCGACGCUCGUGGGAUAAGAUGUCGAUCAAGGUUCAGAAGAUUACGGAGCCGGUCCUGCUAGGCGAAGGGCCGCACUGGGACGAGAAGCAGCAAGCACUGUUCUUCGUCAGCAUUCUGGAACAUACCAUCCACAAGUAUGUGCCUGCUACCGGGGUGCACACCAGGACCAAAGUUGGUGGUCGCGUGGGCUUCAUAGUACCAGUUGAGGGCACAACUGACCAGUUCCUAGUGGGAGUAGACCUGAAGUUCCUGAUAGUUCGCUGGGAUGGUGCUGAUGGGUCCCCAGCCACCGUGGUGAAGGAGAUCGGAGACGUGGACCGGGAUGUGAAUACCAACAGGAUCAAUGAUGGCAAGGCUGAUCCUAAGGGCAGAGUUUUUGCUGGAACAAUGGGCAAAGAAGAACCCCUAGGCAGCGUUGAUCUCCAGAAGGGCAGCCUGUUCCGCCUCGACGGCUCCAAGGUGACGAAGGUGGUGGACGGCAUCAGUAUCUCCAACGGGCUCGCGUGGGACCUGCGCCAGAAGGCUAUGUACUACACCGACUCCUUGGAGAAGAAUAUAAGGAGAUAUGAUUAUGAUGUCGAGACUGGGGAGAUUUCCAACCUCAAAUACAUCUUCGACUUCGAGAAGAACAAGAUAGCCGGGGUCCCAGAUGGCACCACCAUUGAUACCGACGGGAACCUAUGGGUCGCCGUAUUCGAAGGCUCAUGCAUCCUCAAAAUUGACCCCAGGACCGGAGACCUCUUGCAAAAGGUCCCCAUCCCGGCGUUACAAGUGACCUCAGCUACAUUUGGGGGUCCAAACUACGAUAUUCUGUUUGUAACGUCGGCUAGUUUGAAUAUCACGAAGGCCCAAGACCCUCCCUGUGGGGCUACGUUCAUGGUGACAGGAUUGGGGGUCAAAGGAUUCCCCAAUGUUAAUUUCAAGCUAUAAUUUCGUUAUUAUAUACGCAAAUUGUAGCCGUUUUUAUUAUUAUCACAAUUUUAUAAUCAUGUGUUAAACUAUUAUAUUAAGAGAAGUGUAGCUAAAUGAUUUUAUAUUGAAUUCAUAAGGGUGAUAUUAGACUGAAUAUUAUUGUAAUUGCAUAUUUUAACGUUUGUAAAGACAUUUAUAUUGUUACAUGUAUGUUACCUAUGUUACCAUUACGCUCAUUGCGUAAACUAUUUUGAAAUAUACGUAUUUGUUACAAA